AAAAUCUAGUUUCCUUAUUCAGCUAACAUACAGAACUGAUUUUAUUUGUUUGUUUCUUUUCAUAAUCAUCAUACUGAAUUUCUUUUCAUAGAAGUAAUGUUAGUUUACAGAGGAGUCUCUCUGACAUGAAAAGUUCCUGCAUUUCAUUCCAUUUGUACAAUUUCUAUUGAAUGCUUCUCUGUAUUUUCUUCUAAUGGGUAACACCAAAAAAGCCUAUUUUUUCUCUACGCUAAAGUGGCAUCAUGAAAAUUCCUCCAAGAAAACCUCAUUUUUUUAAGCCUAUUUUGCCAGGGUUCAAGAAUGGACUUAAUAUUCCAAUAGAUUUCUUGAAGUAUUUGAAUGGAUAUGAUGACAUUGAACAUGCAGUACUGAAAAGGGCUGGCGGAGAGUGGCAGGUGAAAGUGAACUUUCAUCGAUUUGAAGAGGGAUGGAAAGAGUUUGCAGAGGAGCAUGAUUUGCAGUUAGGAGAUUUGUUGAUUUUCAGACGUGACGGAAAUAUGGAUUUUGAGGUUACCACCAUCUUUGAUUCAAUUCACUGUGAGAGAGAAUAUGCAGAUUUUUUUCAACAAGAAGGAAAAAAUGUAGAAGAAGAAGAAGAAGAGGACGAAGAAGACGAGGACGAAGCAGACGAGGAAAAAGAGAACGAAGAAGACGAGGAAGAAGAAGACAAAGAAGACGAUGAAGAAGAGGACGAAGAAGAAGCUCAUAUUGUUGAAGAGAAUUCCAAGGAUUUUGAAUUUAAAGAGCUAUCAAUACGGGUCGAUCCAGCCCAUCUGAAAAUUCCUAAAGGUUUCUUGAAGUAUCUGAAGGGACACAGUCAUAUUGAACGUGCAAUAUUGAAAAGGACUGGUAAAAAGUGGCUGGUGAAGCUGAAUGGACGACGAUUAGAAGAUGGUUGGGAAAAGUUUGCUGGGGAGCUUAGUUUGCAGUUGGGAGAUUUGGUGAUUUUCAGGCAUGAAGGAGACAUGGAAUUUGAAGUUUCAAUCUUUGAUUCAAGUGAAUGUGAGAGAGAAGAUGGAGCUGAAGAAAAUAACCGUACUCCUGAAGAAACUUCGAACAAAUUUGAAUUCAAAGAUGCUACAGGGAAACCAAAGCCCAAAAUCACGUCACAGUGCAAGGCUUUCUCCGAUUUAGAAGCGGCUAAGGACAUGCUUUUGGGUCGCCCUCAUUUCAUUUCCACGGUCAAACCCUAUUGGAUGUCAAUGUCUAUGAUCCAUGUUCCAAAACUAUUUGCACGAGAAAGUGAGCUCAGCGGAAGGAAAUGUGGAAUAAUGAUAAGAGAUGAGGAAAGGUCAUGGCCGUUUAGGCUGUUUUACCGUGGACGCCAUACUUUCAUUGGUGGUGAAUGGCGUAAAUUUUGUGCUGUUAAUCUUUUAAAGGAAGGAGAUCGCAUAUUGUUUGAGAUAUUUUCAAAUGGGGAGAAACCUGUGUUGAAAAUCUACGAUCUAAGAGGAGAUGCAUCACUCCGGCCUGAAGGAAAGAAGAUUUAUUUGGAUACUGAAAUAGUUUCCACUCAAGGAAAACUGAACGCCAGCAUCAAGUCGUCGAUCAAAGCUGCUUCCCAUGCAAAAGCUGCUGCUCACAAGUCUGAUGGUCAUUCUAAUUUUGUAUGCACUAUUAAACCAUAUUCCCUUACAUAUGGUUUCUUGAUGGAGAGACACCUAUAUGGAAAUUCCUUGUUGUUACUGAUGAACUCCAGUGAGGAGGUUUCAGGUCACCUCAAAGCAGUUGCAGGCCGUAGGGUUAAAACUCCGGACGUGGCUGCUCUGAAAUUACAAGUACCUGCUUCAACAUCUGCUGAUGCCAACCCUCAUUUUAUAUCAAUUAUUAAAUCUUAUUCCAUCACAAACUCUGCUUUGUAUCUUCCGACGGCUUUUGCAAAAUCAACUGGCUUGAUGAGUGGAGGCUGUGAGAUAAUUCUCAUCGAUGAAAAACAUAGAUCAUGGUCAAUGUGGCUAGGGAGAAUGGACUGCCACUUUGGAAUUAGAAGGGGGUGGGAUAAAUUCUUAAAAGCAAAUGGUCUCCAAGUAGGAGAUCCUUCCUUACAAGUUUGAACUCAUCAACAAAGGCAAAAUACCUAUAGCAUAUGUCCACUGUAAAUAUGAAGCAGUUGGUGAUGGGCAGCACUGAUGCAAGUGGAUGUAAUGUUUUGUCACUACUUUCAACUGUAUGAUGUGUUGUACUUUUGUUUUGAAAAUAUCCUUUCAUGUAUAUAUAGACUAUUGUAAUUAGAUUAUGGUACCUUUUUGGAUUCUUGCCUGUUGUAAUCAAACCAGAAAAAAGGAGAAGAAAUAGAGUUGUUCGCAAA